GGGUAGAACAACAGUUUUUAUGUUUGAAAAAUUUAACUCCAUAAUAAUAAUAAUAAUAAAAAAAUUUUUUUUUUCCUAAUUCAUUUUUUUAUUUAUCGUUUUACAGCAGAAAUAAAAAAAAAUGACUGAUAACAAACGAUGCUAUAUUAUUGAACAUAUGGAAGAUGCUAUUCAUGAAUGGUGUUCUCUUGAAUACAAGCACAUGUUACAGAAUAUUGGACCCGAUCAUCUUUAUUUUACUUCCUUAACCGAUAAAUGUUUAAAUGAAGGCAUGCCAGAAGAAUUAAAAGCAGCUCAUUGUUAUCAAGUCGAUGUCUUGAAUAUACCUGGUAUUAAACGUGAAGAAGUUUGUUUGUUGGAUCCUUCUGGUACUUCAGAAUUAUCUCCUGAAGAUGGUGAUAAAUUCAAGUACUUUUUAUUUGGAGGAAUCUUGGGUGAUCAUCCACCAAGAGAUCGUACGGGUGAAUUACGUAAGUUAGGAUUUGAAGGAAGACGUCUUGGACCCGUUCAGAUGACAACUGAUACAGCAGUUAAUGUUACAAAGAGAGUUGUAGAAGAUAAAAUUCCUUUAGAUAAAAUUCCUUACAUUGAUCAUCCAGAAAUUUUCUUUUCUCGACAUGAAUCAGUCACAAUGCCAUUUAGAUAUAUUGCAGAAACCAAGACCAUUACAACAAAGGAAGGAAAAGAAAAAACCAUCAAGAAGCCUUUAAUGCCUCCUGGUAUGUUAGAAUUACUCAAAAAAGAUAACGAGAUGACACUUGACUUUUAAAAGAAAAUACAUCUAUCUAAUAUAAACAGAGUAAAAUAAUAAUAAUAAUAAUAAU